CGUCUUGAGACCCACAUAUUGAGAGCCUGAACCCUUGCACUCUCUCUCUGGGUUUCGAAGCCUAAAUUCCCUCUCUCUCUGCCAUCGAACCAGGAUCCUCGAAAGCUUUCAUGGAGUUUGGUAUUGAUGGCAAUGCCAAUGGUGAGGUGGUUGGAAGUUCUGCUGAGGUGGAGGAUCGUAGGGUCGGUGAUGAAAAUGAAACUGGUGGAAGUUCUGUUGAAGGGGCAUUCCAACAGGAUCAGGAUGAUAAAAUGAAUGGAAUAGAUGUAGUUCCUGCUGCAGUUCCUUCGGUAUCAAUGGUCCCGGCAGAUGAGCCCUAUGUGGGUCAGGAGUUUGAAUCUGAAGCAGCUGCACAUGCAUUUUAUAAUGCAUUUGCCACAAGGGUGGGAUUUGUCAUCCGUGUAAGCAAACUUUCCCGAUCAAGGCGUGAUGGAUCUGCUAUUGGUCGGGCACUUGUUUGUAACAAGGAGGGUUAUAGAAUGCCUGACAAGCGUGAAAAGAUCGUGAGACAAAGGGCAGAGACGAGGGUCGGUUGUAGGGCAAUGAUUUUGGUGAGGAAAGUAAGUUCUGGUAAAUGGAUUGUUACAAAGUUCGUAAAGGAGCAUACGCAUCCAUUGACACCUGGGAAAGGUCGAAGAGAUUGCAUUUAUGAUCAAUUUCCGAAUGAACACGAUAAGAUUCGGGAACUAUCCCAGCAGCUGUCCGUAGAGAAAAAGAGAGCUGCAACCUAUAAAAGGCAUCUGGAAAUGAUAUUUGAGCACAUCGAGGAACACAAUGAGAGCUUGUCAAAGAAGAUCCAAUACAUAGUAGAUAAUGUCAAAGAGAUGGAGACCAAAGAGCAGCAAAACCAAAGAUAGUUCAAGCAAUUAAGCUUUUCUUUUUUGUUAUUGAUGAAACAAAAAUCAACUAGUAGUAUGGAAGUUACUGCUGGAUGAAAGCAUGCGUUGCCUAGUUGCAGAAUCACGUGCUUCCUUCCAGUUUUUAGAUAUCUAUUUAGUUUGUAGCUUGGCAUGUUUGGCUCAAUUAGAGUAGUCGUGUAAGUAUUAUCCUUUUUCUGGAACAAUUAUAUAUUGGUAGAAGAAAUCAGGUGAGUUGAUGUAUAGUCCUUGAAGCCUGUCCUUCUGAAGUUGUUGCCAACAAUACAAUUAUUGGGGGGCAUCGCAUCGGGUCGUUCCUCAGGGAGUUUGAUUCAUUUCAUUAUGUUUCAUGUAAUAUGUUUUGUAUAGCAAUUUAAAUAAUAAUAUAUCUUGAUUUUAUAUUUUGAGAUAUUAAAUAAGUUUAUGAAAAUCUUUCAUUUUAGUUUA